CAGAGAAGAGGUUUCACUCUGUCCACUUGACCACAGUGUUGCAGUCUUCAAUUAAAGACAUGGGUGGAAGAAAUUUCAGGAAAAGUAUACUACUGCUUCUGGCUCUCUACAACAUAUCAUCAGUUUUUGCCAUAGAGGUCUGUUCCAACACUAUCCUACCUGGAUCAAAAGGCGACCAAGGUGAAGUGGGAGAUGAAGGCGACGUGGGAAGACUGGGGAAAACCGGGCCCCCUGGACACAGAGGCCUGCCAGGAGAAAAUGGAGAGAAGGGGGAGCCUGGCCGGAUGGGAAAGAUGGGCCCUGCAGGAGAGAGAGGGGAAAAAGGAGCACGAGGAAUUGAUGGACCUUCAGGCCUAAAGGGCAAAGCAGGGACUACCUGCGACUGCGGGAGGUACAGGAAGGUCGUUGGACAGAUGGACAUCAACAUUAGCAGACUGAAAAAUGCUGUCAAGUUUGUGAAAAAUGUCAUUCUGGGCAUUAAGGAGACAGAAGAGAAGUUAUAUCUGCUAGUGAAGGAGGCACGGAAGUACCGUGACGCUCUCAUGAACUGCAAGCUGCGAGGUGGGACAUUGGCUAUGCCCAAAAGCAUGGACACCAACACACUGCUGACCAGCUAUGUCAGCGAGGCCGGCCUAACUCAUGUGUUCAUCGGCCUGCAGCCAGCAGAGGCUGGUGGAGGAUAUGCAUAUGCUGAUGGCAGCCCCCUAAGAAACUCCUCAGUGUGGGGUCUGGAGGUGCCAUCAGAGUUCAGCAGCAACAGCUGUGUGCAGAUGGGAUCCAAUGGGGCUUGGAGUCAAGUGGAGUGUGAUAUCGCCAAGUAUUUCAUAUGCGAGUUUUCAAAAAAAUAAGAAGGUACCUACAAAAAAGGUUUGGAGAUGUAUAUACUUGCAAGCUGGAUGUUGUAUACGCUUUCAAGCUCUUGCUUUUACAGUGGAAUCGCUACCAAGGUGAUACAGCAGAAUUGCUACAGAUUUACUUCUGAGUUUAUAUGAACGUAAUAUUACUGCAAACCUUAUUGAGAAGUUUGUGCCAUAUCUGCAUUUCUAAAUUUAAUUAAAAAUUGUCAUUCCCAGAGAUGGGUUCCAUGUACCAAGGUCUAUGUACGUAUACUUUUAAGUAUUUUAAGUAGUAUUUUUUCGCUCACAGACUUUUCACAUGCAGUUCUCAAUUUGUUUUUGUGUUUCAGUUUCUAUGCCGAUAUAUGUACAAAGAAAUUUUACUUUAUCCACCUGUGAAGAUGCCAUGAGCUGUGCUGCUGAGUGAUAGAUGCCCACAAAAGUGAAAAUUUAAAAGAUCAUGUACAUAUACACAUACGUUUCUCUUUUUAUUGAUCUAAACAAAAAUAAAAUGACCAACAUGAAUGGCCGUGAUUUACAUUUGAA